UCUUUUCUGCCGCUCCUCCUGCCGCGGCUGCAGAAUUCCCCCUCAUCUCCAUCCAGGACCAUAACCGGAGAGAUGAACCACGUCCUGCUGGAAGCGCUGCUCUUCAAGAUGAGCAUCCUUUUGCUUUCGCAAGGGCUGCUGGUUCGAGGUGCAGAUUUCAGUCAGCCAGCUGACAAUUACACAGUUUGCCAAGGGGACAACGCAACGCUAAGCUGCUACAUAGACCAGCAGGUGACGCGUGUGGCUUGGCUGAACCGUUCCAACAUCUUGUAUGCUGGCAACGACAAAUGGUCCAUCGACCUGCGAGUGCAGCUACUACAGUACAGCCCCUCUGAGUUCAGCAUCAUGAUCAGCCACGUCGAUGUGUACGAUGAAGGGCUCUACACAUGUUCAUUCCAGACCCAGGACAAGCCUCACACCUCGCAGGUGUACCUCAUCGUACAUGUUCCAGCUCGGAUCGUGAACAUUUCCGCAGCCGUGACGGUGAAUGAAGGAAGCAAUGUGAAUUUGCUCUGCCUGGCAGUGGGAAAACCGGAACCGACGGUAAUUUGGCGACAGCUGAAAGAUGGAUUCACCAGUGAAGGAGAAUAUCUGGAAAUAUCAGAGAUCAACCGAGAACAAGCUGGGGAAUAUGAGUGCGUCACGGCAAACGGGGUCUCAACACCAGACAGCAAACACGUCCUUAUCACAGUCAAUUAUCCUCCAAUCAUCACGGAUGUCAAGGAUUCCCGCCCCUUGAUAGGAAAGACAGCCCUCUUGCGCUGUGAAGCCAUGGCUGUGCCCGCUGCGGAAUUUCAGUGGUUCAAAGAUGACAAGCAAUUAAUUAGUGGCUCGGAUGGACUGCAGAUCCAGAAUGAACGCACACGCUCCAUAUUGCUCUUCACAAAUGUUACCGUUCGACAUUACGGAAAUUACACCUGCCUGGCUUCUAACAGCUUGGGCUCCUACAAUGUCAGCUUACGGCUUAUCAGACCGGGUUCUCUGGACAAUGUAGCGGUGGUCAGCACAGAACCUCCUGUCCUUUUGGGUUUGCUGUCAUCUCUUUUUGUGACUCUGUUGUUUAAGAUUUAGGGCGCCUGGGAAACGAUGCAGAACAAAGAAAUGGAAACAGGUGAAAGGGAAAGAAUCCAAGAGAGGGGGAGAAAGAGAGAGGAAGAUAUCUCUACUUUCUGGAGAAAAAAAAAAUGAAGAAAGAAAGAGGGAGAGAGAGAGAGAGAAAUGAAAUUUAUCAAGAACCCAUCACUGUGAGGGAUAGAAGAAAACAAACAAACAAAAACAACAACAAAAAUAUGCAUUUGUUUCUACCGCCAUUUCUCUUCACACUUCAUCUCAGAUACUUUCGGUUGAACUACUUGUGGUUUAACACAACUGCAAAGACGCAGGGCUCUAACAGUGGAUGGCAACGCAACAGUCCCCCCUUCUCCUCAAGCUCUGCGGUUUUAAUAGAGAGAUCUCCUCCUCUUCCUUGGGCCAGUUGGCCUUCUGAAUGCACGGAACCUGGAACGUUGAUUCCGCAAAGGGUUGUUUGAUUGUUAUCGCUAUUAUUAUGAUUAUUAAUUUUCUUUGGAGUUGUUGUUGGGUUUGUUUUGGGGGUUGUUGUUUUUUUAUCUCUCUCUCUUUUUUUCUGGUGGACAUUUCUCACCAGGAGGUUCCUUUUUUUUUUUUUUUUUGGUUAUUUACUAGAUUGAGAAUCUUGACGUUCAUUUAACCAGGUUAUUUCAGGGGGUGUGGGCCAGUUUAGCAGCCAAGGACCAGGCAGAGACUCAAUAAUUUUGGUUAGGUCUGGUAGCCUGGGCUUCCAAGCUGCCCUUGUCGGCCUCCUCCCGAGAAACAUUGGCAUCAAGUUCAACUCACCGCAUGAAAGUGGUCCAACGUUCUGCACUUGGGCUGCAUCUCCACUGACCUGCAAGAUCGUCUUUGCUGCCAUCCCAGCGUCUUUGGAAGAAGGAUGAAAGAAAUCUGCAUUUUUCAGGCAUGGUAUUUAAGCUAUCGGGGUAAGAAUGACUUCUGCCAAUGAUUGCUAGAGGUAACUUUCUGUUGUCCAGAGACAAAGACUAAAAAAAAAAAAAAAGGAACAAAUGGUCUGGCUCUUUGAUCAUCCUGGAAAUUUCCUUGCUUUUUAAACUUUGGGGGAGGGGGUAUAUUAUUCGCUGGAAAACCGUGGCUUGGGACAUCUGCCAGCUGUUUAAUUCGCUUCUGUUUUCCUUUCUUUUCCUUUGCACUUUUCACAAAACCUUUUCCCUACUCCCGGCCAAGUCAUGUCGCGCCUUUACACAAUUGGCUGACUUAGCGGCUUCUCUCUCUCUCUCUCGGUGGUCAAUUUCUUCACAAAACAACCAUGCCCUGAAAGGUUUUCCGUACCUCUGUCUCUGUUCUGAUUUUUUUUUUAAUUUUAUUUUCAUGUCCAUGUGAGAAACGCUGGGUUUUUUGUUUUGUUUUUUGUUUUGUCGAUUGCACUUUGGGAUACGGGAUCACAGGUGUGCUUAUUCAGUUAACUUCUGCAUUUUUCAAACAACUGGGUGUGUGCGGUUGAAAGCUUAGAAAUCAGUAUCUAGAGAUAGCAUUCAAAACUUUGAAAUGCUCAUCAUCCCCCAAAUGGCAAAGAUAAACUUAAGAGGAUGUCAACCGAUCUUCUGUUAACAUAACAAACCCAAACUCCUUUCUUAUUCAGGGUAGGUUACUUAUCAUGGUAGGUUUCUAAAGUUACACCAUUAAGGUGGAUAAUGGCUGUAUUCACACCCGUCUCUUUAACCACUUUAUUGAAUUUAUGCAUUUUCUGAUAUUGCACAAUAUAUAUUAAAUCCUAAACACAGCCAAAUGGCCUGGUUUCAUGCAAGAUCUAAAAGAUAUAGCCAGGGCUGAAACUCGCUAAGCUGCGUGAAUGUAGGCAAUAAGUCCUUAUCAAACUUGGUUAAAUAUGUCAUCGUGUGAAUACAGCUAACAUGUUGCCUUCCUUAAGAGAAGAUGGUUGGAAGUGGAAGAUAUCUAUGUGUGGCAAAUGUGCUUAUCCUGCUUUAGCUUCUGGAUAUAAUUUGACAGGUUUCUGCCUUUAAGAGAUUGAAAAUUCCAGGUAACAGAAGACAAACGGUUGCUGCUAAAAACUAGAGUAAGAUGCAUGAGACAAGGUCUGUCAAGCAAAGAUGGAAUUUCUUCCGUAAAUCUUUUUAAUAUUAUUUUCCUCUGGCUCCGUUCACACAACAUAGGUAGCCUAGUUAUAGCAUGUAUCCAUUUUCUGGGUUUACACUGCAAGUGAGCCAAGUGGACUGGGUUCACACAAUGGGCCAGAUCAUUUAUUCAAAAAAAACAACAACCAACAAACCACUAAAAUCCAAGAUUAAAAGUUACCAAAGUUGCAAUGUUGUGUGAAUACUGUCCACUAGAAGUGUCAAACUGAGCUAGCUUUGAGUGUUGGGUGGAGCCAGGCACGAAACUCUCGUGCUAAAUUUCUCUCGGUCUGUAGAAAGGAAUUGCUCAUCUCCAGGUGGAAAGAAGACGAGGUAGAAAAAUUCCUACCACAAGUAUGAAGCUCUGAGA